AUGCAUUCCAAGAUCCCUCUUGUGUUACUUUUACUUUCCUUACUUGUCACCGGGUCUUUGCAUAUUACUACAGGUUCUCGUCUGCUUAACGAACAACAAGUUGGAGCCCAACCAACAUGCGGACAAGAAGUUGGAGGCCAACAACCUUGUAGCCAGCAACCAAGUGGUCAAAAGCCUAGUGGCCAACAAGUCCAACAACCAGGAUCCCAACAAGGAAGUGGUCAACAACCUGGUGGCAAUCAAGACCAACCACCAAAAGUCGAACAAGGUAGCCAACAGGGAGGAGAUCAACAAAACUGUGGCAAACAAGUAGGAGAGGCAUCCCAAUGCGGUCAACAAGGUCAGCAAGGACAACAAAGCCAACAAGGUCAAUCGCAAGGACAACAAGGUGGAAACCAACAAGGACAAGAAGGUGGAAGCCAACAAGGACAACAAGGUGGAAACCAACAAGGACAACAAGGCCAACAAGCUGGAAGCAAUCAAGGCCAGCAAGGUGGAAACCAACAAGGACAACAAGGCCAACAAGAUGGAAGCAAUCAAGGUCAGCAAGGCAAACAAGAUGGAAGCCAACAAGGUCAACAAGGUGGAAACCAACAAGGCCAACAAGGUGGAGACCAACAAGGUCAGACAAGUCAACAAGGUGGAAGCCAACAAGGACAACAACAAGGUGGUAGCCAACAAGGUCAAGGGCAACAAGGUGGAAGCAACCAAGGACAACAAGGUGGAAGUAACCAAAGUCAACAAGGUCAACAAGGUGGAAGUAACCAAAAUCAACAGGGACAACAACAAGGUCAACAAGCUGGAAGCAACCAAUGUCAACAAGGUGGAAACCAACAAGGACAAGGACAACAAUCUUGCGGUCAACAAGGAGCACAACCUGUAGGUAUAUGUUAUGGAACAUUUGCUGACAAUCAACCAACAGCUCAAGAAGCCAUCUCUCUCAUCCAGUCCGUUGGGAUUCAAAGAAUGAGACUAUAUGGUCCUGACCAUAAUGCUUUACAAUCUCUUAGAAAUACAAGAAUUGAAGUUGUGAUUGGCGUCCCCAACGAACAACUUCAAUCAGUGGCCUCUUCACAGGAUAACGCUAAUCAGUGGGUUCAAGACAACAUCAAAAAUUAUCAAGAGGUUAAUUUUAGGUACGUUGUAGUUGGUAAUGGAAUAACUCCAGCCCACGAUCAAACUUCUCAGUUUGCGCAGUUUGUUCUCCAAGCCAUGCAAAACAUCCAGAACGCAAUUUCGGCGUGUGGGUUCCAAAAUAAAAUCAGAGUCACCACUGCCAUUGAUCAAUCUGAGAUUCUCAUCCAAUCUUGUCCACCAUCACAGGGUCAAUUUAGGCCAGAAGUUAGACAGUUUAUUGACCCCAUUAUCCAAUUUCUAGUAAACAAUAACAACGUACCAUUGUUGGUAAAUCUCCACCCUUACUUUAGCUAUGUGCACAACAAGGCAGAUAUUCCAUCAGAGUUGGAUGCACAUGGCAACAGCGGACAAACUCCACGCCUUGAAUAUGCUACUUUCCAACGUCAAGAUCCAAUUAUACAAGAUGGACCGCUUGGCUACACAAAUGUUUUUGACGCCAUGGUUGAUAGUGUACAUUCCGCUCUAGAGAAAGCCGGUGGAUCAUCUUUAGACGUGGUCGUGUCUGAAAUUGGUUGGCCAACUGAAGGGGGUGACGCGGCUACUAUUGAAAAUGCAUCAACCCAUAACAACAAGUUGAUUAACCAUGUACUCAACAAUGGAACUCCAAAAAGACCUCAGAAGCGUAUCGAGACUUAUAUCUUCAAUUUGUUUGAUGAGAAUAAAAGAGAUUCCGAGGAAUUUGAGAGGCAUUGGGGAGUCUUCAACAACAACAAGGAAGCGAAGUAUCAGCUCAGUUUCCAGUUUUGA